AAAAACCUCGAAUUUUGGUGACUUGGGUGAUCGGAGUUUCGCGGAAUUUCAAGUGUGGCGGCUUGUCCAAAGAAGAUAGGCACAGACUUUUUGGAAUAGGCGUGACUACCCCGGAAGCUUUGUUUUUGCCGAAGAGCCAAGCUGAUGACGGUAGCCUUGGUGGUGAUGGUGACGAAGGUUUCACUGUUGACCGCGUUCAUUGAUCAUAGGAGCUCAGUGUCUGACGCGCUGUUGGAGACCGCAUUCCCUCAGCUGAAUCCACUCGGCGCUCAGCACCCCUGGACAUCCUUUGGGAAGGCAUUGUCACCAAACCCCAAUGUGUAUAUCCUGAAGUGACUCGCGCGUCCGCGCAUCAUCAUUCUUAUCACUAGACCAUGUCUUCAUCAAUGCUGUAGACAUUCGACGACAAUGGCACGACCAGCGAAUACACAACGCUCCUCAUCGAAUCCAUCUCCCGUUCCUCUUCUUCAAUCCCCGUCUCGCGAUGCAGGAUCCGCUAGUUCCUCUGUGGUGGCAGCCGGUCCCAGUCGAUCUGAUCAGAUAGUACACCGUUACUAUCUCAAAACGGUCGCGGUAUUGGUAGAAGGCAGAUUGACACAUUAUAGCAAGCAGGACAAGAAAGAUAAAUGGUUCAACCUUACCAUUCCGGAUGUCGAUCUGCAUCGAGCGGACCUUGCGAUCUACAAGUCUAUCUCCAACUAUGAUGCGGAAUAUCGCAUACCACCCCUGCUGAUAGCAUUCAUCCUCGACACGAGUGACCUGACGAGUGGCCAGGCUUUGAUGUGGAGUAAAGCAGGGGCAAAGUAUACAUUGGAUCCUAGUGGGAAAGGCAAAGGCAAGGCCAAUGGGAUCGUGUUGGAAAGAUGGACAUUGAAUGCGAGUACACCGGACUCUUCCUCUUCUAUGGCUCCUCAUACGGCCUAUCGGCUGGGUAUCAUUCACUUUCGAGCCUUGUUCGCUCUCGUACGCCUGCUACCUGCCUACCGGCUCUUCCGCAGACUUCGACGCGCGAAUAGCGGACUGAGACUGGGUAUCAAGCUGUGGGGCCCAGAAGGCUAUACGAAUGAUGCGGCAUGGCAAGUGAUGGAGCGGGGACUGAUCGGUCUCGGCGUGGGACUCGAUCAACUGGCCUUGGCUGGAGCUCCAGCGGAAGUGACCGAAGUGUAUGAACCUCCAGAAACCGACCUGUUUGGAACCAAGUUUGGACUCCGUGUAGAGUAUCGACCUGAAGUAGAUUUCUCCGCGGAAGACAUGGAGAGCAUCCUGAGUGAAAAAUUUGUGGACAUGGAUGAAGAAUGGUUCAAACCGACCGUCACGGCGAGUCGCAAAGUCUCAGCUCCCACGCCUAUACCUUCUACUUCGCCCAUACCUCAAAGGCAGACUGCGACUGGAGCCUCUGGCAGAAGCACCAGCUCACGCUGGGGUUCGUUAGUAGAGGGCCUCCCUUUCGCUACUCCGCUUGGUACAUCACCAAGCAGUAUACCUUCAGGAGCAGCAGUAGCCGCGAGGCGACUGUCAGGUCAUUCGGUUCAUCCCUUCAACGCCUCACCUUCCACCUCGCAACUCCGUCAGACUCCUCCCAUACGACCUGGUUCGUCCGUGGGCAGAAACUCCUCUUUCCUAUCUCAAUCCGGGCGAUCCUUCACCCACGCGCAGCUCGCCAAUAUGUCACCCUCACCGCCCAUCCCAUCCCCCAUUUCUCCGUCAUCACUCUCAUUCACCAAACAACCCAUUCCGCGACCCGUUGGCGCCACGAGUCCAGGCACCUCUCCACAAGUUGUCAAACGACUCACGUCGCAGAACUCGACAUUGCUCAGGCGGACGUCCACACGGACGUCACAAGAGAGUGGACUUCGACAUAGUGUCGCCGGACCCGAUGACGACGAAAUACAAAGCUUCCUCCAAUCUCUGGAUGCAAUCCCGCAACCAUCAAUGAUCGCAUCUCAAGCAGUUCACGCAUCGCGUUCCCAUCUGCCAUCCGCCUCGUCAUCUGUCUCGGUCCCUUCGGCCCCUUCGUCCCCGGCUAUGCAGGCCUCGGGUGAGACUCGGGCACCAAUGACUCGCCAGCAGGUUGACGAUGCCCUCAAACAAAUGAUGGGCUCCUUCAACGUCAGUCCCCCGCGACCUUCUUUGGGUCUAUUAUCUGCGAGUCGACCUAUCAGCUCCAUAAGGCGACCCGUCACUGCGGCGCAGAGUCCGCCCGAACGUCCGUCAGACGCUACGCCUGGACCUCGAAGUUUGCCUGGAUCCGAGCGACCGGCCAAGUCCCCGGCUAUCACUGCGCUGCUUUCACCUCAGACCACUGGAUCUUCCGCUGGAGGAUCGCGACGAGGGCCAGUUCUUCUCAGAGGUGGAUUUGAGCCUCAUUUCAAGACCAGCACAAGCUCCUCGCCCUCGCACAGCCCUAUACGAGAUUUUGCAAGAUUAGGCUUGGGGACGACGACCGGAUCAAGAUCUCGCAAGACACCCGGUCAGCGGACUGCUCCUAGCAGUUUUGGGGGACCCGUAGGCGAUAAUGACGAGGAGCGUGGUAGGCGAGGCGGUCCGUUGAGUGACAAAGGUGAAGAGACGGGCGAGUCGACUGAUCCUUGGCUCUGACAUAGCAUACGAAUCAAGAUGUUUACAU